AUGAAGUUCACCACCAUGGUCAUGGCCGCCCCUCGCGCGCCCCCUCCCUCCGGCACCGGCAUCCCCCUAGCCAAGCGCUUCAACCACACCCCCAACCCGUCCAAGUCCAACCUCUGCAGCGAGGCCAACCCCCAAUACCACACCAGCGAACCUUCCCUCAAGGCCUCGGACUGCUGGGAGAUCCCCACCGAGUCCUCCCCCACCAACAUUCCCGGUUACUGGACCCUCAAUUCUACCGAGGCCGGCUCCGGUUAG